AUGCUCCACGGCUUCAACAUCCUGCGCCAGCAGUACUCGCAGCUCUCCAAGCCAGGAGCCAAUCAGUCGGCCGUCAACACCAUAACCACCCUCGCAGAACGACUCACAAAGGCAGAUGAGCUUCAACUCACCACCGAAGAUCGCAGGGCUGCAGUUCUCUCUCUCAAGGGUCUCAGCAGGGAUCAUAACCGCGCUGUAGGUCAACAUGCACUGCCAGCCUUGCUCACAUCAUUGCAACGGGACGCAAAGGAUGAGGACAUCGCGAGGGCUUUGAUCGAAUGCUGCAUCACGCUGUGCGAGGUCCAAUCGCCAGAGGCUGCUCAAGCUUCAUCAGCAGCGCAGGGACAACAAGCGCAGAACAAGCGAAAGCAACAAGAUCAAGGUCCACCUUCCGGGCUUCUUCACACCGACAUCUUCUUGCAAGAGCCCGGCCCGCUUCAUUGUCUUCUGCCACUUCUAGCGCCCGAUCGUGCCUUUUACACUCGUUUCGCUUCGCUGCAGCUUCUCGGCUCCUUGCUACGCAACAGGCCACACAGAGUACAGGAUCAUGUCCUCGUUGCGCCAGGAGGAUGCGGUGCCAUCCUCGAGUGUCUCGCAGAAGGCGCUGGCUCGUCCGCAGAGAUUGUUCGUAACGAAGCCCUCCUCCUCCUUCCACACCUCGUGUUUGGCAAUGCAGACAUUCAGAAGCUCGUCGCCUUCGAAGGCGCUUUCGAAAAGCUCCUCGACGUUUGCGCCGCCGAAGGCAGGAUCGAAGGCGGCGUCAUCGUUCAAGACGCCCUCGACGGUCUCGAAGCGCUCUUGCGCUACAACGUCUCCAACCAGAACUACUUCCGCGAGACGCUCUCCAUCCCCAUGCUUGCACCGCUGCUCUUCUAUCCUCCCACUCCGCCCAACAACGAGUUCCCCUCCAAGCACGCCGAACACGAGUAUGCGCGCCAACUCGAAGCCUUUUGCUUUCAAGAUUGGGAUCAUCAGAAGGUCGUCAACGCCAAGACCGUGCUCGACAUUGCUGCUUUGCUCAUCGGCGGUCAGGGCGAGGGUCGACGUGCCAAUCAGGGCGCCCUUCUGCAGUGCGGAAUGACAAAGUGCCUGCUCGACCUCGCUCUCGCUUCCACCGCCCCUGCUUCGCUCAAAUCGCAGGCGCUGCAUGUCUCGGCUUCCCUCAUGCAGGCAUCCAGAGCAAACCAGGAUCUUCUGUCUUCCUUGCUGGUACAGCCGGUCAAGCUCGUUAGCGCUCCCGAGACGAAUGCCGCCGAUGGUCAGGAGGAGGCUGCUCAGGAUCCAGCGUAUGCAGCUCCGACAGAACCUGCUUUUACCCGAGCGGAGCCGAGACCUGCAGUCGUGAGCCUCGUCGAGCUCGCAAUCGGCACAUCUGGUGCAAAGGGCGGGCUCGGCCUUAGAGGUGCUGCUGUCGCUUGCUUCCGCGCUUACGUCGCCGACAACAUGGAUGCGCGUCUCGCCAUCAUCAACGGAAUGCUUCCGCAAGCUGACGGCGAGACCAGCACGCACCAAGCCUCGGCCGCGGGCAAGACCCUCUUCGAGGGUAUCACGCAGAAUCCUUCUACACAGGCUACUUCCGAGCACGCCGACGCCUACAAGCACCUCGUUUCUGCCAUGCUCUUCUCAUACCUCGUUCGUGGAAGCGAAACUGCUAAAGCAGCCGCACGCUCCAUCGCCAUCAGUCCGGAUGGCGCCGUCAUCAAGCACGUUCGAGUUGAAAAGGAGAACGACGAUGACGAUGAUGACGACGAUGACGACGCACCUUCGUCGCUUAUUCAGGUCAUCGUCGGCAACCUCACCUUGUCCGAGCGCGAGCUAGCCGACGCCGUCCGCAAAGAACGUGCCUCUGCCAUGGGUGCCACCGUCUCCUCCACCUCGUUCUCGGCUGCAGACUGGACGCGCGUCAUGGUGGGCUACCUCGUGCUGCUUUCCGUGUGGUUGCACGACUCGCCGCUCAGCGUGCGCGACUUCUUGUCCGAGUCGGCGACGCUUCAAGCGGUGAUCCAGCCCGUGGCGCAGUCGUCUGGUGUGGAUCCGCUGAUUCAGGGUCUGGCUGCGUUCUUGCUCGGGGUGGCGUACGAGUUCGAUACGGAUCCGGGCAAGGUGGCGGUGACGAGGGAGACGAUGCAUCCGAUCUUGCAUUCGAGGAUCGGUGCGGAUCAGUUUGCCGUGCGUAUCAACCGGAUUGCGGAGGACCCCAGGUUCCGAGAGGUGACGCCGGACGUUUUGGAGAGGCUGAUCGAGGUGGAAGAGCAGCAGGAAGCGGAUGAGCUGCGAGCGAAGCAGAUCGCAGAGGCGAAAGCUGCUGCGGCUGCUGCUGCCGCCGCCGCCGCCGCGGCAAAAGCUUCUUCCGCAGAUCCCUCCUCCACGACGCAACCAUCUACCCUCGAAACACCUUCAUCGGACGACAAAUCCAAAGCGGACGAGGACGCCGCCGACCGAGACCUCGAAGUCAACGGCCUCGGCCACCUCUCCAAACGUCGUCGUGCCGGUCUCUGGUUCGACUGGACGUUCGUCGAGUUCUGGCGUGCCAACUCCACGCUCGUCGCCAAAUGCAUCACGGUGGAUCCCAAGUCGAGCUCGGCGCUCCACGCCGCGAUGCCUGCCGAGCUGGCGGACGCACACCGUCAGGUAGAAGCGUUGCGCGAUACCGUCGGCAAACAGGCUAGGGAGAUCGAGGUGCUGGAGAAAAAGGUCGAGGAGUUGAACGAGGUGCAUUCGAAGCAGGUUGCCGAGCUGCAGGCGGAGCUGAGCGCGGCGAGGGAGGCGCUGGACACCCAUGCACCUCAACUGGAAGCUGCUCGUUCGGAAGCGGAGUCCUUGAAGACCGCCCACGCAUCGGCUCUCGCUGAACUGCAAGCAAGACACGAUGCCUUGUCCGCCACGCUGAACGAGACCCAGGCGAGGGAAGAGGAGAGCAACGGAAGACUGCUGCAGCUCACUUCGGAGAUGGCGCGCGUUUCCGCGGGCAAGCCUUCGGCGAAGGAGUUCGCGGCGCUGCAGAAGGGUUUCGAUGAACUGAAGAAGAAGCACGAUGAAGUUUCGAAGGGUGAGGGUGCGGGAGGGGGAGCGGCGAUGAAGGAUCUGAUCGAGGUGCGGGAGUUGGCUGGUCAGAGGGCGGAGAUGAUCGCGAGUCUCGAGGCCAAGAUUGCGAGUCUGGAGGCGAACUCCACCACCGCCACUACGGCCAACGGUGCAGAGUCGAGCGGUGCAGAGCCGACGGAACUGCAGAAGGAAAUCACGACCUUGAAGGAGAAGAACUCUGCACUCGAGGUCCAACUCUCCACGCUGCCCAAGCUGCAGUCCGAUCUCGAAGCUGCGACCGCGUCGACCAGCGAGCUCGAGACGAUCAAAUCCGCGCGGAACGGAUUGGAGUCGAAAGUGUCGGAGCUGGAGAAGCAGCUCGAGAGCUCGAGGGGCGAAGCGAAGGGUGUGGGUGAGAGUGGAGCGAAGGAGGCGGAGAAGUUGCGGGGGGAGAAGAAGGCGUUGGAAGCCAAACUGCAGGGUCUUGAACAGGUGACCAAGGAGAAGAACGAGUUGGAGAAAAAGAUCAAAGAUCUCGAAAAGGUGAGCAAGGAGAAGGGAGAGCUGGAGAAGAAGGUCAAGGAGCUGGAGAAAUCGAGCAAAGAGAAGAGCGAGCUGCAGGCCAAGCUCAAAGACCACGAAAAGCUCGCCAAGGACAAGGCUGAGCUCGAGAAGAAGCUCGUCGAGCUGGAAAAGUCGAGCAAGGGCAAAGCCGAGCUCGAGAAGAAGCUGAAAGACCUGGAGAAGGUGUCGAAGGAAAAGGCUGAUCUCGAGAAGAAGCUCGCGUCGCUCGACAAGGUCACCAAAGAAAAGACGGAGCUCGAGAAGAAGGUGAAAGACCUGGAGAAGGUGUCCAAGGAAAAAACCGAACUCCAAAACAAGCUGAAGUCCCUCGACAAGCUCGCUGCGGAAAAGAGCGAGUUGGCAACCCAGCUCACCGCACUCCGCGAGUCCCACUCGAAAGAGACGUCCGACCUCACAAGCAAGAUCGCCUCGCUCGAAAAGACCGCUUCCUCCUCCAAGAAACCUUCGACGACGACAGCGGAGAAGGAGUUGGACACACUCAAGAAGGAAAAGGAAGAAAUCAGCAAGGAAAACGAAGACCUGCUCGUACUGCUAGAGGAGCUAACUCAGAAGCGGAAGAAGGACAAGGCUAGGCUCAGGGAGAAAGGCGAAGUCGUCAGCGAUGACGACGACGAUGAUGAAGAUGAUGACGAGGAGAACGACGAUGAUGUCGAUUGA